AUGUAAAUAUAAUUUUAAAGGUGUUUUUCUCCUCUCAAAAGCAAAAACAACACUCCCUUGCAUUCCAUGGCUUCAGAGAAAGAAGCCGCUCUUGCAGCCAUUCCCUCUGAUGCUCCCACCAUAUUUGACAAGAUCAUCAAUAAGGAAAUUCCUUCUACUGUGGUUUAUGAGGAUGAUAAGGUCCUUGCCUUUAGGGACAUAGCUCCUCAAGCUCCUAUUCACAUUCUACUUAUUCCGAAAGUCAGGGAUGGGCUAACUGGUCUAUCCAAGGCUGAGGAGAGGCACACUGAGAUUCUUGGCCGCCUUCUCUACACCGCAAAACUGGUUGCAAAGCAAGAAGGCCUUGACGAUGGCUUCAGAAUUGUAAUCAACGAUGGACCAAAAGGCUGCCAAUCAGUGUACCACAUUCAUGUGCACCUUCUCGGAGGGCGACAAAUGAACUGGCCCCCUGGCUAAAACCUCCUGUGAUUGAAGGGCUAUCUAUCAAUAACGAAUUCAAAUUACCAAGAGACUAUGGUGAUGAGUUGGAUUGUCUAUUCUAAUCUAUGUUUAAAUUGGUGUGUUUAAUAUUUGAUGAAGUGAAAUUCUCUAGUUGUUACUAUUAUCUAUGCCAUUAUAUUGGUCAAUCCAACAUUAAUAUCAUGAUUGUAGGUUGUUUGUGGAUUA